UGCUGGAAAACUAAGCGCAAGAGAGAGGAAUUAGUAUUCAAAAGGAAGGAACUAGCUAAGCUCUUCUCUUGCUCUUCUUCUUGCCCUGAAUGGCUUCUGCUACCAUCCUAAAGUCUGCAUUUCUCCCUAAGAGAUCAGAAUGGGCUGCCGCCACUCGCUCAUCCGCUGGCCGCCAGGCGACGGCUGUGAGCCUCACAGUACGGGCUGGUUCAUAUGCCGAUGAACUUGUCAAGACUGCAAAAACUGUAGCUUCACCGGGAAGGGGAAUUCUGGCCAUGGACGAGUCUAAUGCUACUUGUGGCAAGCGACUGGCUUCAAUUGGUCUGGAGAACACAGAGGCAAAUCGCCAGGCUUACAGAACACUUCUAGUCUCAGUACCAGGUUUGGGUCAGUACAUUUCAGGUGCAAUUCUCUUUGAAGAGACUCUCUAUCAAUCAACAACAGAGGGAAAGAAGAUUGUUGAUGUUCUUGUUUCUCAGAACAUAGUGCCUGGUAUCAAGGUUGAUAAGGGUCUUGUGCCACUGGCGGGCUCCAAUGAUGAGUCAUGGUGCCAGGGACUUGACGGUUUGGCCUCCCGCUGUGCCAGUUACUAUCAGCAAGGCGCUCGAUUUGCCAAAUGGCGCACAGUGAUCAGCAUACCCAAUGGCCCAUCAGCACUUGCAGUGAAGGAAGCAGCUUGGGGGCUUGCUCGUUAUGCCGCCAUUGCUCAAGACAAUGGACUUGUUCCGAUUGUGGAGCCUGAGAUUCUUUUGGAUGGAGAGCAUGGAAUUGAUAGGACCUUUGAAGUUGCCCUGAAAGUCUGGGCUGAGGUGUUCUUUUACUUGGCUGAAAAUAACGUGUUGUUCGAAGGAAUUCUACUGAAGCCAAGCAUGGUCACUCCUGGAGCUGAGAGCAAGGAUAAGGCAACGCCCGAGCAAGUUGCAGAGUAUACUCUUAAGCUUCUUCAUAGAAGAAUUCCACCGGCAGUUCCUGGAAUUAUGUUUCUUUCUGGAGGGCAAUCUGAAGUAGAAGCAACUCAGAACUUGAAUGCAAUGAACCAGAGCACAAACCCAUGGCAUAUCUCUUUCUCCUAUGCCAGAGCACUGCAGAACACUUGCUUGAAGACUUGGGGAGGAAGGCCAGAAAAUGUAAAGGCAGCUCAGGAAGCGCUGCUCGUGCGUGCCACCGCCAACUCGCUUGCUCAACUUGGGAAGUACACUGGUGAGGGUGAGUCGGCUGAGUCUAAGAAGGGAAUGUAUGUGAAAAAUUACAGCUACUAAGUGCUUGUGAUAAAUUAUGGCUGCUUAUUGUAUCUUCUUAAUGUUUUAGAGAUACCAUGUUGAAUGAACUUCCAGUUAAGGACAGAAGUGGCACGAGCUAUAUGUUAUGUAAUAUACUUGAGGCGUUUUUAAUCUAUUUUUAUUGUGAUGUAUUCUACCA